CUCCUCCCCUCCACCUUUGGUAACUAUUACCUUGAUUGAAUAUUUGAAAUCAACAAAAUGACACAAGAGUUGGGAGUUCUAAAUGCACUUGAUGUUGCAAAGACUCAAUGGUACCAUUUCACAGCCAUCAUCAUAGCCGGAAUGGGGUUCUUCACGGACGCCUAUGAUCUUUUCUGCAUCGCGGUGGUGUCGAAGUUGAUAGGUCGAAUAUACUACUACACGCCGGGGUCCUCUCGGCCAGGGUCACUUCCUCCAAACGUCUCGGCAGCAGUGAGUGGGGUGGCUCUAUGUGGAACACUGGCGGGGCAGCUGUUCUUCGGGUGGCUAGGCGACAAGAUGGGGAGGAAGAAAGUGUAUGGGAUAACGUUGAUACUGAUGGUGGUAUGUUCAUUUGGGUCGGGGCUAAGUUUUGGGCAUUCGGCAAAAGCAACAAUGACCACUUUAUGUUUGUUUCGGUUCUGGCUUGGGUUUGGGAUUGGGGGCGAUUACCCACUUUCGGCGACAAUCAUGUCUGAAUAUGCUAAUAAGAAAACACGAGGGGCUUUUAUAGCUGCUGUUUUCGCCAUGCAAGGUUUUGGAAUUUUGGCCGGUGGAAUCGUAGCGUUGAUUGUUUCAGCUGCAUUCAACAACAGAUUCUCAGCACCUUCAUACGAGAUUGACCCAGUGGGAUCAACUGUACCGGAGUCAGACUACGUAUGGCGCGUUGUUCUAAUGUUUGGCGCCAUCCCAGCAGGAAUGACAUACUAUUGGCGUAUGAAGAUGCCCGAAACUGCCCGUUACACCGCUCUAGUAGCAAAGAACGCCAAACAAGCUGCAGCGGACAUGUCGAAAGUGUUACAAGUAGUGGUUGAGGCAGAAGAAGAGAAGUUAGAAAAAAUAUUAAACACAAACAAAAACAACUUCGGCUUGUUUUCAAGGCAAUUCCUCAAGCGCCAUGGCCUUCACUUGGUUGGAACCACAACCACUUGGUUCUUACUAGACAUUGCAUUUUAUAGCCAAAACCUUUUCCAGAAAGACAUAUUCACUGCAAUAGGUUGGCUCCCUCCCGCUAAAACCAUGAGCGCUCUUGAAGAGUGCUUUCGUAUCGCUAGGGCGCAAACGCUCAUUGCGCUUUGUGGGACCGUGCCAGGCUAUUGGUUCACUGUGGCUUUGAUUGAUAUCAUCGGUAGAUUCACCAUCCAAUUAAUUGGGUUCAUUAUGAUGACGAUUUUCAUGUUCGCUAUUGCCUUCCCUUACAACCAUUGGAUUUUAAAAGAGAAUCGAAUUGGGUUUUUGGUCAUGUAUUCCUUAACAUUUUUCUUUGCAAAUUUUGGGCCUAACUCCACUACUUUCAUCGUUCCGGCUGAAAUCUUUCCGGCUAGGCUAAGAUCCACAUGUCACGGGAUCUCCGCUGCCGCCGGUAAAGCUGGAGCAAUUAUCGGUGCUUUCGGGUUCUUGUAUGCAGCACAAAAUCCUGACAGAACAAAAACGGACCUAGGGUAUCCACCCGGUAUUGGUGUUAAGAACUCUCUCAUUGCACUUGGUUGCAUCAAUUUCAUCGGUAGUGUGCUCACCUUGUUGGUGCCGGAACCUAAAGGAAAAUCGCUUGAGGAGUUGACCGGAGAAAAUGAGGAGCCGGAGGUAGAAGCCGUUGGCCAACAACAAGUAUGAUUUAUUUUAUGUUUGUGUUUGGAUUUGAAAACAACACUGGUCGUUGUGAUAUUUUAUGAGAUUGAUGAAUAAUGUGUAAGGAGGGUUUGGGAAUACAUCAUGGUAUAUGAUUUCUGUUUUUUUAUUAUUAUAUUUUGGGUAUUUGGAUCUAAUUUGUGAUGUAUACUUCUUCUUCUUUUUGUUUUUCAUUUUCUUUUUAAUGUAACUUUUUUAUUAA